GUGUCAGCAAUAGGAUGUGACUGACUUUUUCGAGCAAACAUCUUAGUUAUCUCUUUCUUCUUCUACAUGAGUCUUCCGGCUGACAGUCCCGGAGAGACGAGUAGAGCUGUUUGUUUGUUUGUUUAUUUAUUUAUUUAUUUAUUUAUUUAUUUAUUUAUUUAUUUAUUUAUUUAUUUAAAAGAUUUUAUUUAUUUAUUUGAGACAGAGAGAAUGAGAGACAGCAUGAGAGGGGGGAGGGUCAGAGGGAGAAGCAGACUCCCCACCAAGCAGGGAGCCCGAUGCGGGACUCGAUCCUGGGACUCCAGGAUCAUGACCUGAGCCGAAGGCAGUCGCUUAGCCAACUGAGCCACUCAGGCACCCUAGAGCUGUUUAUUUAGUUCUGUCGAUCAGAUCUGUCGGUGUGGUUUUUAAGCCUGUGUCGCGUGUGACCACAAGGUCAAUGUGAUGCUCACAGGUGCGCGUUUGGAAAGUGUCCAUUUUACUUUUUAAAGGUGAUUUUCUCCAGAAACACAGUUUAUAUAACUUUUCUCCAGCUAUUUUGUAAUUUAACUCUGGUUCUACGGGAUGGAGGUUUUGCUUGAGAGGAAACCUGCUCUCUUCCCCAAACGCUUCCCUGUGUGGUGCUCUGGUUCGGUCUGUGAGGGCCGGAGCUUCCAGUCCUGCUGUCUUCUCUGCAGGGUGUCAGGGGUGCCCAGGGCAUGCCUUUCCCUGCUGGGCCAGGAGGGAUAAGGAACGGGACUGCAUUUGGGAGCCCUCUCUUUGUGCCAGGCUGCCCCGGGGCUCCAUAUAGGACCUCAGUGCAUCCUCACAGCCUUAUGGGGCGGAUGUGAAUCUACCCGUUGUACUGGUGUGCAGACCGAGGUUUGAAGAGGUUGGCACGCUGCCCGAGUCUGCUGACCAGUCAAGACAGUAUUCACCCUGGGGUGCUCACCCCCUAAAGAGGGGAUGAGAGAGCACAGGACAGGUGUUCUGGAAAGAAUGGAUACCGAUCAGCAAAAGACACCCCACAACAGUUUGGCUAAGCUCUGGGCACAGGAAAGCACUGAAAUCAAGCCUCAGUCUCAGGGUCUGUAAAUGACUCCUCCUUUCACCUCAGAAAAGGACUGUGACAUCCACGCAUCGCAUCAGCUAAGAGAAGGGAAUCCUAAAGCUUCGUCCUGACAGUCCCACUCCCGCCGAGAUCUGUACUGAGUAGCUUCCUUUUCGGGUAAGCUGUAAAUCUGCAUUAGGCGAGGUUGGACGCUGGAGGCCACGGACUUGCCAGAGGUCCGCCGACGCGGAUUUGCUUCCUGGUCUUGGGACUCUAGUGGCGGUGUGACUUUCUGUAGCUUUGUGUUCUCAUCAGCGAAAUAGGGCUUAUGUGACUGGAAGAGGAAAUGGGGAGGACUGUUGUUACGGGUCUUGUCUUUAUGGAUUUCUAUAGCUCUCCAAACUGGGUAUAUGGGGGAUUGGAAGUGGUUGAACUCCAUGUGUGCCACGGGCGUCUGUGUCUGGUUCAGGGCUGGAGAGGGCCCUCUGGCCAUGGCCUGGCUAUUUUGAUGUGAAGUUUUCUAGCCAAAUUGGGAACUCAACUUGAUGUUCAUGUAAUCGUUUGGUAUAUUUGCAUAUUUAUGUAUGAUCUGAUUUCAUUUAUUUGAGAGAGACAGAGAUAGUGAGAGAGCGAGUGAGCACGUGUUGGGGGGAGGAGGAGAAGCAGACUCCCCACUGAGCAAGGAGCCCCGAUGCAGGGCUCGAUCCCAGGACCCUGAGAUCAUGACCUGAGCCGAAGGCAGACACUUCACCGACUGAGCCGCCCAGGCGCCCCGUUUAUACUUCAGAUGAGCAGGCUUACAACACGUUUUUCAGGGCUUGUAACACAGGAGCGGUCAGGCUUUGCGAGGAAGAGCGGACUCCAUUUCCUGGGUUCUCUGGAGCUGCCUCUUCCCCACUGUACGCUCCACGUGGGGUUUCGCUCCCUCUGGAAUAUCCACAGUGAUGCCGAUCAUCCUGUGCGAUUCCGUCUUUGGGGACAGAUGGCAGAAAGGGCUUCUGGAGGGCCCUGUUUUUGUGGGCUGGCUUCCUCAGAGUCCUGGAAGCUCCUCUAAACGUGAACCUAUUAAUCAUUUACCAGAUGAUGAACCAAAUAAAGAAGGAGUGUGUCCUGGUCACAUAGAUGGGGCAACUUAUAUUUAUAAUGUUUGUCGUCGUCUUGUUGCACUGGUUCCUCGAAGCACUUGAAAUAAAGGGCUUGUGGUGAUGUGUUACUACUGAAAUUAACCGGAGUCAGAACACUUUGAAAGCAUCCCUUUCUGCACACACCAGCAGCUGGAAUGCGCACUGGCUCGCACACAGACAAUACUUUAAAACCUGGAUGUCCCAGAAAGGCUACAUCAGGACACGCUUCUUCCUUUACUGAAUUGUGGAAUUUCUGAAGAGCCCCUAGGGGUCGUUUAGUCCAGGCUCCCCAUCACCUAGGAACUCCGGCAGAAUUCUCCAGGGACAGAGCCCGUCUGGUCACGGGACACUCACUGUUAGGUUUCUUCUGUACUUAGAGAAAAGUCUUCCACCCUCUAACUUCUCUCUUGGUCGCAUUUGGACCUUUAGAAGGAGCACUCUUUGUUUUUCAAAAUAAUUCCGGACUGAGUUCCUUUUAAUCAAAAGUUCCCAUUAGACAUCUUUUCAGAAACACGUUCUUGCCUAAGACUUCAGGUUGUCAGCUCCCAGAGGGCAGGCUCUGGGCUGGAGAACGUGAUGGCUGGUGCCUUGUGCAGUGCGGGGCUCGCGGGAGGCACCCCGAGAUACUUGGACCCUGGCAUGUAAGAUGUGCUGGUGAAAUAAGUAGGAGCCCUUGGGUUGCAUGGCUCUUGUUGUGGGGGCUCCCACAUGUUGUGGUGUACGGCUCUUCUCCUUACCCUGGGGAACAAGGAGAAGGAUUGAGGAUGUUGUCUUCUUAGCGCUGCCCGACGUGCGUCCUGCCGUGGGUUCCACGUGGGCUGGGUGCUUUACGGGACCUUCUUGGGUCCUCACGACAGCUCUCUGAUGGGGGCAGUAGGUACUAAUUUUUGUUUUUUAUCCCCGUUAUACAGAUGAGGAAAUAGGCCACAGAGAGGCCAGGAGCAAAGCCAGGGUUUUAGUCUUCAGCCCUCUCCUCCAAGGACCAGGACAGGUGGCCUCCUGCUUGAAGGCAGCCAGGAAUAAGAGGGCACGUAGGCUUCCUCCACCCAUUGUGCCCUCCCUGGCACACUCCCAUUGCACUGGAGGCUGUGGGUCCUGCCCCCUGGCUAGGCUCUCCCAGCCCUGCUAGUGUGGGUGGUGUGGGUCCUUUGUAGUUCUGUGUAUGCAUAGGUGCUCAGAGUGUCUAAGGAGUCUGUCCAGUAAAAUCUGCAAAAUAUACCAAGGGUAUAAGAAACUGGUGAGCUGCCGUGAGUUUCUCAUCUGUAAGAAUUGCUCCAUUUGGGGGGCACCCGGCAGGCUCAGUCGGUAGAGCAGGGGACCGUUGAUCUCAGGGCUAUGAGUUCAAGUCCCAUGUUGGGCGUGGAGUCUACUGAAUUAAAAAAAGAAUCUCCAUUUUUAAUACCAUUUGUGGGAAUUUUCUUAGGCAAAAAAAAAUUAUUUUUGUAUAGAAAAAAAAGACGAAGCAACAUGCAGUAAUGAGCCAUGAUUCUUCAGGCCAUGCCCGUUCUGCCUAGAAUCUUUACAAGUCUCUGCUGACCUGGAAUUUAAGAUGGAGAUUUCCCUUGGGGGAGGGGUGUAAACCAGGACUUUGGAAAACUGAAAGUCAGCCUUCACUUUUGGAGAGCGCGUCCAUUCGGUUGCUUAACUUCCACUUGGAACCAUGCUGUGGCUCCUGGCCCCGUGUGGCAGGUUUGCGGCCAGUGACUCAGUUUACCGGCUGUCUCAGUUGGAUGAAGAGGGUCUGUGCAUUUGCUUGUGGGAUUCUGAAACUGGGACCAGGGAGGGGAAGCCCCGGGGGGGUGGGGGUGGGACACGGAGGAGGACUCCACGCUCCGGACUUCCCAGGAAAGCGGGUCAAGUGCGGGUCAUUGAGUAAGAAGUAGCCAGGCCCCUCCGGGCCAGCAUCCCCGGGCGCUCCUGAACCUGCCCUCUUGUCUGGGUUUUCAGCCUCCUUGCCUGCGAUUUGGUGAGAGCCGGCGGGUGCUCUGAGCACCUCCCUGUACCCCCCGGUCCCCCUUUGUCUCUUCGGCCCACAGCAGAUUCCGCCACACCUUACAUGGGCAGAAUUUCAGCUCCUCAGCUCCUCAUACACCGCUGAUUUUAUAUUGUGUGAAAUCACUUGGCUUUGUGCUCGAGGCUUCCUGUCGCCUGUGGGCGUGAUCAUGAGGAAGAGGGACUCCUUCAGGAGCGAGCGCACUGUCCUCCAAAGUAAGCAAAUCUGCUCUAAACUUGGGAAACCAUGGUGGCUUUAAUGAAGGGUUAACUCUGAUCCAAAAGCGCUUUUGUGGGCUGAGGGCUUAGGCAGGUGCAUCACUGCUUGAGGAUGAGGGAAGUGGGGGUACAGGCUUUUGACAGGGACAGAGACAAAAAAACCAGCUGCAGGUGGAGCUUAAUUAAAAUGCCCCCCCACCCCUCCCCUCCGGUCGAUGAGACCAAGUGCACAAAACAUGGAUUUCGGGGCUCCCAAGGAUAAGCAGCCCCAGAGCUGGAGGGAAGUGCCGGUCAGCCCGCAGGAUGCCGCCACCCCUCUGCCUGCUCCUACUCCUGCUCUCGGGGGCCACGGCCACCGCGGCCACCGCAGCCCUGCCCCUGGAGGGUGGCCUUGCCAGACACGACAGCCGGCAUCUGCAGGAAGUGAUAGAAAUGAAGAAAAACAGCCUCUUGACUUUCCUGGCUGGGCGGUACCAGUGGGCCUCCCAGGUGGGCGCAGCACCCUUCACAGGAGGGGCAGGUGGGGAGGUGGCCAAGCGGCCGGACAUCCUGCCCCCUCAGCGGUCCCUGCAGGAGAAGGCACGUUGCAAGAAUUUCUUCUGGAAGACCUUCUCCUCCUGCAAAUAAAACUCCACCCCUGAUCACUCAUGCAAAGGAGUGUAACCAUGGAUCUGAAUAAAAUGUAUUA